GAGACAAGGUCCGGCGUGUUGGAAUACUUCUCGAAGGAAUUUACCCUGUUGGACAGGGGAUUUAGGGAUUUUUUGCCAUGUGUCAAAUCAGCUUGCCAGCCGCCCCAAAUGACAGUCUCCCUUGACAGGAGAGAAGCGAGUCGUCAACGAAAGAUGGCCGACAACGCCAUCCCACCCCUGAUGCUUUUGUCUACAGGGCAAAUGCGUUGGGGUGGAGUACUUCCAGGUUUCAUCCUACCCUCUUUCCCUCUUUUUUCUCUACUCCUCUAUACUCUCAUAUCUUCCUCAAUGGCUGUUGUUAGUUUGCCGGGAUUAGACUAUGACUAUGGAGCCCAGCCCAAGUUUGUUUGCACCCCAAUUCCAGCGGACGCAGACCCCAGCUGCUUCACACCAGGUGGGGCAGCACACGGACCUGCCCACGACAGACCCAGCAGUAAUGGGCAUCAUGGACCUGCUGCAGGGGCACCCAAUGGUAAUGGCAGGAGGCCGAUGGGAAUGGGAAUGGGGAUAGGAAUAUCAGACGAGGCCAAAUCCACCAUCCUGCACCUUCGAGAGAGCCUGGUGCGGCAAAAGGAGACCAUCUUAGACCAGCGGGAGACAAUCAGGGAACUGACUGCCAAGCUGACCCUCUGUGAGGGCUUUGGCCGGGGGGUGGGUCAUCACGAUGACCAUCACGACGACCACCAUGGACCCGCGCGUCACAACUCCCAUCACCCGAGCUCGCACCACUCCUACCAUGACACUGACCACCAUGGGGACCCACACUACCCACUGAACAACGGGCACCGAUCAGACCCACACCACAGAGGAAAGGACAACUCUGGGAGCAAGCAUGGGGCCUUCUCCCCUGAGCAGACUAGGAAAACACUACAGACACUCAAGGAGAGGCUGGAGAACUUGCAGGUGAGUGGGAACAGCAUCAAAUGAUGAGUAGGAAAAGGGAUAGGAAGCUUAUUUGCCCUUUGUGUAAAUAGAGGUCAUCUUAUGCGUCACUACGGGACACUGUUUGUCUCGCUACUGACCUGAAAUUAGGCACGACAAAGGGUGUUUCCGGCUUUCUCCCACGCCUUGAGGAUAUAAGUGGCCUACAGCCCAAGCUCCAUCCGUGUGUGCGUAUGAAGACCUAAAUUGAUUAGUUAAUUAUCCUGACUCUCACCAUAGGGUAGUCUUGCACUGAUGCCAUGGGAAUUUAUGAAGCCUAGGAGAGGGUCCUGUUGAGUGAUUGUAUGACAUUAUGACCAUUGACACUAACAACCAACUGAACACAGUUUAUUUAUUUAUUUUGUACUCUUAAUUUUCCCAUGCAUUAAUGAAGUUCCAGUAUAGAUUCAAAAUCCAACUUAAUUGACAACUAUUUUUGGGAUUAUGAAAGAUAUUUUUUUUAACUCUAAUGAAUUAUUUUUUCUCAUUAUGAACCAUCUGUGUUAUCAAUUCAGAGGACCAACAGGUCGCUUAAAGUGAUUCUAGCACUCCAUAUUGAAUUGUAAGACUUGCUAUAAGACUUGGUAUACAGUCUUAGACAAAAAGGUGCUAUCUACAACUUCAAAGGGUUCUUCGGCUGUCCCCAUAAGAGAACCCUUUGGGGGGGGGGGGGGGGAAUCGAUAUAUCUGCCGAUAUAGUGUUUUACAGCAGGGAGAUUAAAAAGUGAAAAUGUUCCACACUGAGUUCUCUUAUAUUGCAAUCCAAAAGAGCAAUUGUCAAAAAACAUUGCUUCAAAUGUUGAUUUCUUACAUUGUGACAAUAAUGACAAUUCACUUUUUUUCAUCCCAUUUAUUGAAUAUCAGUUAUCGGUGGAUUUGUCAGCCAAUAUCGAUAUAUCGGUAUGAGGCCAAUAUCGGCCGAUAAUAUAGAUGAAACGAUAUAUUGGUCAGGCUCUAAAAAGAAACUGUUACCAAAAAUUAUUGCUAUAAAACAUCAGAUAGGCUUAUAGCCUAUACAAGCAUUAAUAACACUUAAUAACACUGGUGGUUCAUAGAAAGUGUUACCAAGAAUCCUUUGUCUUGAGGGUGACAAAGACAGUACAGCUGAGAUUGGAGUUCCGUCACCUAACAGGAUGUCUAUGCCACAAACCGGUGUCCAAGCAUUGCAGGGUGCUAGACACCUUCAAUGCCAAUUAGCAUCAUCCAUAGUGAUGAGCUAAUAAUCUUGGUGUGCUCUGGCACUGAGUAAAGCUGGAUUUGAUCAGAGACACUGACAGAAGUGGAGGUAGGGAAGGAAGGAGGUUGCCAGGGAGAGAGGAGCAGGCUUUAAAUGUCCUUAUGCCUAACCAAAUUAUUAUUAUUUCAUUUAUCUGCCCACUUGGAGAGAUUAGGAGUAGCACAAUAUGGCCGAAUUAAGCAACCCAGAACGGGCUUAAGUAGAAGAGGUGUCUUUAAAACAAAACAAAAUAUAAAUGCAUUUGAGCAUCCUUGAAAAAAAAAAUACAAUUCAGCUCUUUAAAAGUUAUAUUAUGGAAAUACAUUUCCACUGAUAUGCUCCACAAAGUUUUAAUAACCAAGCACAUGGACUAAUAAUAAGGUAUGCAAACAUUUCCUAUUAUAACUAUUAUUAAUUAUCUCUCUUUCUCCAGGCCAGGAAUUCCUCCAGCUCCUACUCAAGCUCUCUGAGAGACCUCCUGCAACGCAAAGUCAAUGCACUUGAGAAGCAGCUCAACAAUCACUACGGUGGGCAUCAUGAUUAUGGUCACCAUGACGACCACCACGAUGACCACCAUGACGACCACCACGAUGACCAUCCUGACGACCACCACGAUGACCACCAUGAACCCGGUCACCACGAUGACCACCAUGAUGAUCAUCACGAUGACCACCACGGACCCGGUCACCACGACGAUCACCAUGAUGACCAUCACGACACCCACACCCCCACCCGCCACAACAACCGCCACAACAACCGUCAAAACAGUCACCAUGAUGACCAUCACUAUGACCGACACUAUGACCACCAUUAUGAUCGUAGCAAUGGCCGCCAUGACAUCCACCAUAACGACCACCAUGACGAUCACCAUGAUGACCAUCCCGAUGACCGUCUUGGCGAACACCAUGACGACCAUCAUGAUGAUCACCACGACGACCACCACGAUGAUCUUCACGAUGACCACCAUGAUGACCACCAUGGAAAUGGUCACCAUGAUGAUGAUCACCAUGGCAAUGAUGACCAUGGCCAUCACCCUCGUCCAUCCUAUAACAGCAAGCCGCCAGCUCCAAGACCUCUUGGCCGUGGACACAACAAGCUGGAAACUGUGCUGAGCCACCUUAACCACAGGAACACUGACCCUGGUAUUGAAACUCUCUGAUAAUAAUCCACUUUGAUACUGUAUACUCUUUUCCGAGAUAUAUCAUGCAUUCCGUAUUGCAGCUGCAGGGACAGAUAUUCAGAAUGUUUUGGCAAAUUACUUUAAUUUCACACCUCAGCUGUUCAUUGCUCAUAUUUAGCUGUUUUGUAUUCCAACAGGUAGCCGGAAAAAGCCAAAGAGUCCGGAUGCUUUCCAGAUUGGCUUCCCUAUGCGCACUAACUACAUGUAUGGAAGGAUAAAAAGGACCCUACUCAACGAAAUCUUCGCCCUCACUGUCUGCCUCUGGAUAAAAGGGGGAUCAGGGCCUGGCCUCGGCACGCCCUUCUCCUACUCUGUCCCGGGACAGGCCAACGAACUGGUUCUGAUCGAAUGGGGCAACAACCCCAUGGAACUACUGGUUAACGACAAGGUAAGAGCAUGAUUGAAUAUUUUGCAUAUUUUCACAUUGUGCCCCUAGUGACCAAUUUGCGAAGAUAUGUAUUCUCUGCACUCACUUCUUACACACAUACAGUGCAUUUGGAAAGUAUUCAGACGCCUUGACCUUUUCCACAUUGUUACGUUACAGCCUUAUUCUAAAAUGGAUUAAAUGAAAAAUUGUCCUCAUCAAUCUACACACAAUACCCCAUAAUGAGAAAGCGAAAACAGGUUGAGACAUUUUUGCAUAUGUAUUAAAAAUAAAAAAACAGAAAUACCUUAUUUACAUAAGUAUUCAGAACCUUUGCUAUGAGACUCGAAAUUGAGCUCAGGUGCAUCCUGUUUCCAUUGAUCAUCAUUGAGAUGUUUCUACAACUUGAUUGGAGUCCACCUGUGGUAAAUUCAAUUGAUUGUACAUGAUUUGGAAAGGUACACACCUGUAUAUGUAAGGUCCCACAGCUGACAGUGCAUGUCAGAGCAAAAACCAAGUCAUGAGGUCGAAGGAACUGUCCGUAGAGCUCCGAGACAGGAUUGUGUCGAGGCACAGAUCUGGGGAAGGGUACCAAAAAAUGUCUGCAGCAUUGAAGGUCCCCAAGAACACAGUGGACUGCCAAACUUAGCAAUCGGGGGAGAAGGGCCUUGGUCAGGGAGGUGACCAAGAAGCCGAUGGUCACUCUGAUAGAGCUCCAGAGUUCUUCUUUGGAGAUGGGAGAAACUUCCAGAAGGACAACCAUCUCUGCAGUACUCCACCAAUCAGGGCUUUUUGGUAGAGUGGCCAGACUGAAGCCACUCCUCAGGCACAUGACAGCCUGCUUGGAGUAUGCCAAAAGGCACCUAAAGGACUCUCAGACCAUGACAAAAAAGAUUCUCUGGUCUGAUGAAACCAAGAUUGAACUCUUUGGCCUGAAUGCCAAGUGUCACAUCUGGAGGAAACCUGGCACCAUCCCUACGGUGAAGCAUGGUGGUGGCAGCAUCAUGCUGUGGGGAUGUUUUUCAGUGCAAGAGACUGGGAGACUAGUCAGGACUGAGGGAAAGAUGAAUGGAGCAAAGUACAGAGAGAUCCUUGAUGAAAACCUGCUCCAGAGAGCUCAGGACCUCAGACUGGGGGCGAAGGUUUACCUUCCAACUGGACAACAACCUUAAGCACACAGGCAAGAUAACGCAGGAGUGGCUUCGGAACAAGUCUCUGAAUGUCCUUGAGUGGCCCAGCCAAAGCCCAGACUUGAACCUGAUCGAAAUCUCUGGAGAGACCUGAAAAUAGCUGUGCAGCGACGCUCCCCAUCCAACCUGACAGAGCUUGAGAGGAUCUGCAGAGAAGAAUGGGAGGAACUCCACAAAUAAAGGUGUGCCAAGCUUGUAGUGUCAUACCCAAGAAGACUCAAGGCUGUAAUCGCUGCCAAAGGUGCUUCAACAAAGUACUGAGUAAAAGGUCUGAAUACUUAUGUAAAUGUUAUUUCAGUUUUUUAUUUGUAAUAAAUGUGUAAAAAUGUCUAAAAACCUGUUUUUGCUUUGUCAUCUUGGGGUAUUGUGUGUAGAUGGUGAGGGGGAAAAAACAAUUUAAUACAUUUUAGAAUAAGGCUGUAACGUAACAAAAUGUGGAAAAAGUCAAGGGGUGUGAAUACUUUCCGAAUGCACUGUACAUUCUUCUACUGUAUAGUUUCUUACUAUGAUGUGUCAUACUUAACAUUUAGAAAGGAGUGUUUCAACAUUUCUAUCAUCAUUUUAAGUAAGCUUAUGUUAUCAGUCAGUUGCCCCAUUGGCAGCACAAGUGGAAAUCAAUCACAUCAAGGCAAGCAAGCUCACACUUCAGUGGCAGGUGACUCCAUUGUCAUCCAAUCAGGCACCAGAAUUCGAUUUAUCUCCUGUCCUCAAGGAACGAGGCAGGAGGCAGUUGUGGCAGUUACAGUUCACCUGCAGCCUGCUCUCACCCCGUCUUGUCCCCUUACAGACAGUGGCCCUGUCCUCAUCUAUCAUCCUCCCUAAUGGCAUUAGACCUCAGAGGGCAAAGGGCAAGCAGCUUACCUAGCACAGUCAUGCGGAGAGGCGUCUCAUGACAGGGAGGACGCUGGGAUAGACACAUGGUCUGGGCCCAUACUGUACCUGUGCAUGAGUCAGGGGUUCACCCAGACAAGAGGGGAUUUGGUGGUUCAACCUGGGAGAUCUACCUAUUCACAAAACCUGACAAAUCUUUCAUAAAAUAUCUCCCAAAAACAAAAAAACAUUUGUGUUGAAUUUUUUCUAAAUGCCCAAGACAAUGAGGCUACAGUCAGCCAAUAUACCAAUAAAUUAACCUAGUAAUAAUCUCUCUUUCUCCGAACAGAACUUUGCCCUUUUCUCUCACAGAAAUCUUUUGUUUAGACCCUUUGGAUUGAGCCAAUCAAUCAAUCAGCCAGUGUCUCUAUUUCUCUGCACAGGCAGUGACGUUGCCCAUGGCAAUGACAGAUGGGAAGUGGCACCACCUGUGCAUGACAUGGUCAACACAUGAUGGGCAUUGGGAGGCCUUCCAGGACGGCGUAAAAAGGGGGUCUGGAGAGAACCUAUCUGCAUGGCAUCCCAUCAAGCCUGGUGGAGUCUUUAUUCUGGGCCAGGAACAGGUACAACUAUAUGUUUUCUCUCUAUGAAUUUGCAUACUCAAAGUUCUGAAGAACAUAUAAAAGCUGGAAUAAGAACUGAAAUUUCAAACAGUGCCCACUGCUGCCUCCAAAUGUUACCAGCAGGGAAUUACCUGUCACACUUACAGUGUGUGUGUUUGCUGAUUUUAGGCUUUGCAGAACACAAAAAGCUGUUAAUACAAUCAUGUUAAAGCGGAUUAUCAUUUAGUUGUGUCCUGAGAAGACACAGGCUAUUGCCAAAAACUAAGCUUAGAAAUCAACUUCAGCAUUUUAGCUAAUUAGCAACUACUUACUAUUUUUUGCUACUUUGCAACUAGUAGCAUGUUACCUAACCCUUUCCCUAACCUUAAUCCUAACCUUUAACCUUACUCCUAACCCUAACCUUAACCCCUAACCCAUAGCCUAGCUAACGUUAGCGUUAGCCACCUAGCUAACAUUAGCCACAACAUAUCAUAUGAAUUGUAAUUCAUAACAUAUCAUUCGACAUGGAUGAUGGACAUCCACAAAUUAAUUCAUACCAUACAAAACAUAACAUAUCAAACUAAUUGGAAUGUCCCAGAUUUACAUUGUUACAUCUACACCGAGUCCAGAUUGGAGCAUCUGCUAAAUGACUAAAAUGUAUAUGUAAAAUAACUGAUCCCUCUGAAGCAUAUUACAGCUAAAACUGUUGCUAAUGCUUCAAAUUCAUCACUCGGUUUGGGCUUCCUUGGGAGAUCCACUCUGACCAGGGUUCAAAUGUCAUGUCUAGUGCGUUCCAGGAAGUGACUGAUGAUUUAGGCUACAAACAAAAAGUUACCAUGAGACUAGGCCAUGAAAUGGUUUAAGUACGAAGGUUGAUUGAUCUGAACUGCCUAGUUUUAGAACGUUGUUGGCGAUUAACCAACCUUGUUUUGAAGGGGAAAAAGGUGGAAACUCAAAGACGAGACAAAUCUGUUUAAAUAAUUGUGUAUUGAUAUUUUAUUGUGGGACAUCUAGUACUUGUACAUGUUUUGUGGACCUUUAGUCUUAACAAUUACCCUGUGCUUUCCUAACAGGAUACCCUAGGUGGCCGAUUUGAUGCCACCCAGUCCUUCGUGGGCGAGAUGUCAGACCUCCAAUUGUGGUCCCGCGUUCUCACACCCAAUGAAAUCUACAGCCAGGCUUCCUGCGGAGGUCACCUGGCGGGUGACCUCAUCUCCUGGACAGAGGCAGUGGUCGAGCUUCACGGCGGGGUCACCAAAUACCCCUUUGACCCCUGCCACUAAGGACUAACCCACUCUGCCUCAUCAAAAUGGCUGGUCACCAAGCCCCUGAUAUCAGUUAACCAGC